UGCCGGCAGAUCCGCGUUCUGAGCCGCGUUUGGGGGUUUCAGACAGCGAGCAUCCUCUUGUCAGGGCUGGGCAGUGACCGUCGGUGUGCGCGGCCGGGCAGGAGCUGGGACAGGAUGGGUUUCCCACUCAGAGGCACAUGGAUAAAUGUUAUCCGUAUUCCAUUCCUUUCCAAGGACUAAUUCUAAUAUUAUGGGCUUCACAACAGUCCGAACUCUUAUUAAUUUGGAGCUUUAACUCCAGCUCUGCCUGACCUUGCAUUGGAGGUGGGGAAACACCGCAAACGGGGUGAUGACAGGAGAGAAUCAGUUCAGCGCGGAUCGUGAGCAUAAGGCAUUCUCAUCUCCAAAGAAUGGCAUGAAUGUCCUGUUCAUCGUUGUGGAUGAUCUGCGACCUGUUUUGGGCUGCUAUGGAGAUGAGAUUGUGAAAUCUCCGAACAUCGAUCAACUUGCUUCUCAAAGUAUGGUUUUCAGCAAUGCAUAUGCACAGCAAGCUGUAUGUGCUCCCAGUAGAGUGUCGUUUCUUACUGGGCGCAGACCUGAUACUACUCGACUGUAUGAUUUCUAUUCCUACUGGAGAGUACAUGCGGGAAACUAUUCCACGAUGCCCCAGUACUUCAAGGAGAAUGGCUACGUGACCUUAUCUGUGGGGAAAGUUUUUCAUCCUGGGGUUUCAUCUAAUUACAGUGAUGACUAUCCGUACAGCUGGUCUGUUCCACCCUUUCAUCCUUCAACUGAGAAGUAUGAAAAUGAUAAGACUUGUAGGGGAAAAGAUGGAAAACUUUAUGCUAACUUGGUGUGCCCAGUGGAUGUGACAGAAAUGCCCAGUGGUACUCUGCCUGAUAUGCAGAGCACUGAAGAGGCCAUACGCUUACUGAAUGUUAUGAAAACCAAAAAGCAGAAAUUCUUCCUGGCUGUUGGUUACCAUAAACCACAUAUCCCACUGAGGUACCCACAGGAAUUUCUCAAGUUGUACCCUUUGGAGAACAUCACAUUAGCCCCAGAUCCCUGGGUGCCAGAGAAGCUACCUUCUGUGGCAUACAACCCCUGGAUGGAUAUCAGACAGAGGGAUGACGUGAAAGCAUUAAAUGUUAGUUUCCCCUACGGACCACUCCCGGAUGACUUCCAGCGGCAGAUUCGUCAGAGCUAUUAUGCAGCAGUUUCUUACCUGGAUACACAAGUUGGCCUGCUCUUGAAUGCUUUGGACAAUGUAGGACUCUCAAAUAGCACAAUAGUAGUUUUUACUGCUGAUCAUGGCUGGUCCCUGGGAGAACAUGGUGAAUGGGCAAAAUACAGCAAUUUUGAUGUUGCUACCCGUGUGCCACUGAUGUUUUAUGUACCAGGAGUGACAACUUCCUCUGUUAGUGAAGGAGAGAGGAUCUUCCCCUACCUUGACCCCUUUGGUCAUGGUUUAGGCUUGGUACCUCAAGGGCACAGCAAAAAAGUGGUUGAGCUUGUGUCUCUGUUUCCAACGCUUGCUGAACUUGCUGGCCUGCAAGUUCCUCCUGUGUGCCCAGAGAGUUCAUUUCAUGUUGCGCUGUGCACUGAGGGACCAAGUAUUGUCCACUACUUUAAUGUGUCUGAAGAGAAGGUGGAGGAAGAGGACAAUGGAUCUGAUGACCCUUACAGGUGUUUUAAUGAAGAACCUGUUGCUUUCAGCCAGUAUCCGCGGCCUGCGGACACUCCUCAAUGGAAUUCUGAUAAGCCAAAGCUGAAAGACAUCAGAAUAAUGGGCUAUUCCAUGCGUACAAUUGACUGCAGGUAUACUGUAUGGGUUGGGUUUAAUCCUAACAACUUCAGUGCUGACCUUGAGGAUGUCCAUGCAGGAGAGUUGUACAUGGUGGAGACUGAUCCAAACCAGGAUUAUAACAUCUAUAACAAUACCUUACAUGGUAAUUUGUUCAAAAAAAUUCUUGCCUUCCUGAAGCACUAGGGUUCAGAAACUUCUUUGUGUGUGUUUUUCUUGGAGCUGAAGUGUCAGUUCCCUUUUUUUGUAUAAAGCCUUCCUGUUGUACACAAAACACUUGGAUUGAAUUAAAAUCCUGUUUGUAUCAAAACAUUAGCUAUUGCCUUUGUCUCAUCACAGCCAUUAUUAUACUGAAGGAAUCAGAGUGAACCACAGUUGUGUUUUCAAACACAAGCUCACAACACUUCUGAAAAGGCCACACGGGGAAUGCAGGGCCAUACUGUGAAACAUCUCCAUGGUCUUCUGUUCUGUAGUAACUGGAGAAUUAAAAUUCAUUGUCCGUGCUAAAACUGCUGGUGUGGAAGGUGGAAAAAGAGAAACUUCUGUGUUUGAAAGGCUGUGCAGACAAUGUGUGUCAGUAAACGGGUCCUGCCCCCUUUAUCUAGGAGACUGGGGGCUAGAGUGGUCAAGGAGACAUUUGAUAGUGGUGAAGGACUGAGGCUUCUACUGUCAUCACCCUUACCUCUGACUAGA